CAUUUCAAUGUCAGUAACAAUUUCUUAAGAGCUUUCCUCGAUCCUUCUUGUUUCUUUUUUUCUUCCACACGCGCUUCCUUCCUUUCACAGGCUUCUUCUCCCCUCUCCCCUUUCUUCCCUUUCCAAUCCCCCCUUCUCUCAAAAUCCCAUUCCCAAUCUCUCUGAUUAACAAAAUCCAACCCAAUAAAUCCCUAUUUUCUUGGGUUUCAAAAAUCUGUCCAAAAAAUCAAUUUUUUUCUCAUGCAAUCAUCAUCAAUCCUCUCAUAAAUCAAAACGAAAUCAAACCCUAGCUAUGUACAGCAAUUUCAAAGAACAAGCAAUAGAGUACGUGAAACAAGCGGUACAGGAAGACAAUGCGGGGAAUUACUCAAAGGCGUUUCCUUUAUACACGAACGCGCUUGAAUACUUCAGGACCCACUUGAAAUACGAGAAGAACCCUAAAAUUCGUGAAGCUAUCACUCAGAAAUUCAACGAGUAUCUUCGCCGGGCCGAGGAGAUCAAGACUGUUCUUGAUGAAGGAGGUCCCGGGCCUAAUUCUAAUGGGGAUGCUGCAGUUGCGACGAGGCCGAAGACUAAGCCGAAAGAUGGUGAGGAUGGGGAUGAUCCGGAGAAGGAUAAGUUGAGAGCUGGAUUGAAUUCGGCGAUUGUGAGAGAAAAGCCUAAUGUGAAGUGGAAUGAUGUGGCUGGUCUUGAGAGUGCUAAGCAGGCUUUGCAAGAAGCUGUUAUUUUGCCCGUGAAGUUCCCUCAGUUUUUUACAGGUAAGAGACGGCCUUGGAGGGCUUUUCUUUUGUAUGGGCCACCUGGAACUGGAAAGUCAUACUUGGCCAAGGCUGUUGCAACUGAAGCAGACUCCACUUUUUUCAGCAUUUCUUCCUCAGAUCUGGUUUCAAAGUGGAUGGGUGAGAGUGAAAAGCUUGUCUCAAACCUUUUCCAAAUGGCCCGUGAAAGUGCUCCUUCAAUCAUUUUCGUUGAUGAAAUAGAUUCCUUGUGUGGCCAACGUGGAGAGGGCAAUGAGAGUGAAGCUUCAAGACGUAUAAAGACUGAACUUCUUGUGCAGAUGCAGGGUGUAGGGAACAACGAUCAGAAGGUUCUUGUUCUUGCAGCAACAAAUACUCCAUAUGCUCUAGAUCAGGCCAUCCGGAGACGUUUUGAUAAGCGCAUAUAUAUCCCACUACCUGAUAUGAAGGCUCGGCAGCAUAUGUUCAAGGUGCAUCUAGGGGAUACUCCUCACAACUUGAAUGAAAGUGAUUUUGAAAGUUUGGGUCGAAGGACAGAGGGUUUUUCAGGUUCAGAUAUUUCUGUUUGUGUCAAAGAUGUCCUCUUUGAACCAGUUCGUAAAACCCAAGAUGCUAUGUUUUUCAUAAACAAUCCUGAUGAUAUGUGGGUGCCUUGUGGACCGAAGCAACCUGGUGCUGUCCAAAUCUCGAUGCAGGAGCUUGCAGCAAAAGGACUUGCAAAAAAGCUCCUUCCACCCCCCAUAAUGAAAACAGAUUUUGACAAGGUCCUAGCAAGACAAAGGCCAACAGUGAGCAAAGCUGAUCUAGGCGUCCAUGAAAGAUUCACAAAGGAGUUUGGGGAGGAAGGUUAAUGUAGAUGAUGACAUAGAGACACAAUGGCCCAUGCUGUUAUUUGUAUUUUAGUUAUUGCUACUGGAUCCACAUAAUUAUUUUAACUUUGGGGAAGGUGACUUGACCUUCUCUUUGUAUUGGGAUGGAAUAGCAGAAAUUGCUUGUUUGAAACUGUGUAAAAAGAAGAGUUUCAGAAAUAUUGCCGCAGAUUUGUGGACGGAAUAUACCAUGCUACUUGCCAA